AUGAAAGCAAUCCCUUGGUCAUUCAGUGGUACUAGUAGCAAAGAGAGCAUUGGUAAUGCAUCGUCCUCACACGAAGACGAUGGUGGGGAUACCAUGAAUAGGGAGAACGUCACCAACAAAAUAGCUGCUGGCAUGGACCGCUGGCAGAAUACAAUAGAAGAUAUGAUUAAUCUACGCUCUUCGAAUAACCAUGCUUUCAAGGACAACUACUGGGCUCAAAACGGAUUUGACGAGUUACGACGGUACGUGAAGCAAGGUAGUGAUUUCAGCAAAGAGUUGGCAUCGAUUUUGCAAGAAAGGGUUGAAGCUGAGAAUUAUUAUUCAAAAUGCUUAACAAAACUCGGCACGAAGUUAAGCAAAGCGUGCAAGGAGAGCGUAGGCUCUUGUGCAGAUGCAUGGAAACAUGUUGCAAUGGAAAUGGAGAAACGCGCCGAUAUACAUAGGAAUUACUCCAGUGCGCUAGCAGAAGAACUAGUCAAACCGAUGAAAAAUGUAAUCGAUAAUCAAUUAAAAUUAAGAAAAAAGAUCGAAGGCAACGUGGAUAAAACAACUCGUAGCCUAUCAGAUUGGAGAUCAGCAGAAGUAAAAUCAAAGAGGCAGUCUCACGCCGCCGCAAGAGAAAACGAGAAACUCCAAGAUUCUUCUCUCGAGAUUAGCCGCAUUUCGCGCAGUUCAAGUAUGGGUCACAUUCCGCAUUCUAUCCUCAGCGCUGCUCGAGCAGAACGUAUCUCUAAUUCAGCAAACGAACGAGAUGCAGCCAAAAUGCAAGUCAAAAAACGGAAGACUGAGGACGCCGUAAAAAAGACUGAAGCGGAGUAUUAUAAUGUUUGUGUACAAGCAGAACGAGCAAGGCUAGAAUGGGAGACGAGUGUCGUGAAGGGAGCAGGUAUGCUAGAAUCUCUCGAAGAAGAGAGACUCGCGCAGUUAAAGAGCUCAGCAGAUUGUUAUCUUAGGCUGACGGCCGCGGUUCCGCCACAAUUAGCUGAGGCAACGAAUACUUUAGUGGGACCAAUAAAUAAUGCUAACGCUAAUUUGGAUAUGAGAGUGGUACGCGGCGUUCGCUCUGCACCUGCCGGCGCUAGUGAGCAAUUACUACCUGACUUUUACUGCGAGCACACAACAUUGGCAAUGAAUCGAGAACGUCGUAAACAAGCAUUACUGAAAAUACUGCAACUGGUGAAACAAGAUAUCGAAAGAGAACGAAAAUCAAUGCAAGGUCUUGAGAAACUAUCCAUGGCGAUGAAACAGACACCGACAUUUGGUAAUGACGAUUCCCAGCAAAAUGUUGCUGAUAAAUUGUACCACAUGAGAGCAAUGUUGACAUACUUAGAGGCGAUAAGAUACAAAAUUACGUCAACGUUAAGUGAAAUAGACAAUCGAACCGCAGUUCAACAUCCCUUGGCAGCACACAUACAAGUUGUAAGAGACAAGCAGGGAUUACAACAGAGCAUACUUAAAGUGCCGCCAUGGCUUCAAACUGAUUAUCAAAACGAGGUGAACAAAAAUCUCCAACCAAGUUACACAGCUCUUUCAAAGAGUGUAAAUGGGGGGGAGGAGAGAGAAAGAAGAGAUUCGAUAAUGAGUCGCGCUUCUAGCAAACUAAGGAUAGAACACUUAUCGUUUAGGAGGAACACGGAACAUAAGAGUGCUCCUACGACACCCAUAAGUUCGGAACUUCCGUCACCAACUGCCAAGCCCCCUCCCACUCCUGAAGCGCCACCGCCACCUGAUAGCCCACUGGAUUGGAGUGAACGCGGCGCGGGCGAUGGUCUAUCUAACCAACACGAUAGCGAUUUCGAUGAAUUCUCGUCGCAGAGCGAUAGUUCAACAGAUUUAAAUUGCUUAGACAAAAAUGACGGUAAUGAUGUAACUCCUCAAAAGUUUAUUGGAAAGUGUAGAGCACUUUAUACAUAUGAGGCAAGGUUAAACGACGAACUUACAUUAGCACCAGGUGAUAUUAUAAACAUAUACGAAAAACAAGACGGCGUCUGGUGGAGUGGGGAUCUCAAUGGUACCUUCGGCAUAUUUCCCUCAUCUUACGUUGAAGAAAUAACUUCUUGUAUAUAA